AUGAAUUCAUCAACAAAUCUUCACGAUUAUUUAACAAAUAAUGUUUCAACAAAAACACCUUUGAAUAAUAUCAAUGAUGAUGACGAUGAUGAUGAUGAUGAUGACGAUAUAGCAGUUGCCACAAGUCCAACAACAAUGACCAAUUCCGAUAGCAGUGAUAGUGCUAUUGUUUCUGAUGAUAUGGAUGAGAUCGAUUUAAUAACUGACACACAAUCUGUAUAUCGAAAUUCUUGGCCUGAAAUCCUUGAAAAAAAUAAUGUAACAAUUUCAUCAUCAUCACCAUUUGCAUCGCUCUCACAAUCAUUUGAUAUAUUAAAUCAAUUCGAUCAACAAAUAUUUUAUGAAAAUUCAUUGACUAAUCAUCAUCAACAACAACAACAGAAAUAUAAACGUCCAUUACCAUGGUUAAAUUCUAAUUCAUCAAAAUCUUCUAUAUCAUUUUCUUCAUCUUCAUCAUCAUCUCUUCAGUUACCAUUAAAUAAGGAUUAUGUUACGCUUGUUCGUGAACUAUCUCAACUACGUGAACAAUUAACAGAAAAAGAAGAUGAAGUUACUGAACUUAAAGCUGAACGUAAUAAUACACGUUUACUUCUUGAACAUUUGGAACAACUUGUUGCUCGACAUGAAAGAUCCAUUCGAACGACAGUUAUGCGAAGACAAGCUCAAGGUGUUUCAUCCGAAGUUGAAGUACUUAAAGCACUUAAAUCUCUAUUUGAACAUCACAAAGCCUUAGAUGAAAAAGUUCGUGAACGACUUAAAAUUGAAAUUGAAAAAAAUACUCAACUUAAAGAUGAACUUGAACGAACGAAAAAUGAACUUGCCGGUGUUCGUGAAACACAACAAGCCAAAGUAAUUGAUAUUAAUCAAUUAAAAACAAUGUCUAAUGGUACAAUUGAUCCUGAUUCAUUAACUGGUAAAUUAAUUGAAAUGCAAGAAUUAAUGGAUAAUCAAUGUAAUGAAUUAAUAUCAUGUCGAGCACGUGUACAUGAAUUAACAAAUCGUAAUAAAGAAUUAGAAGAACGUGCAUGUUUAUUUCAACGUGAUUUAUCUCAUUCACAUGAACAAAUAAAUAAAUAUCAACGUGAUUUAAAAGAAUCUCAAGCACAAAAAGAAGAUCAAGAAGAACGAAUAUCAACAUUAGAAAAACGUUAUUUAAAUAUACAAAAAGAAACAACACAUUUAACAGAAUUUAAUAGUCGAUUAGAAAAUGAAUUAGCUACAAAAGAAACUCAACUAAUGCAUACUGAAGAAAAAUAUCAAGCUUUACAAGAUAAAUAUGAUUUAUUAGAACAAAAAAUUCAAUCACAGCCUGAUGUUGAUUCAUCACUUAAACAAAAUGGUAUUGAAAUUUCAAAUAAUCUCAAUGGAUCAUCAUCUAUGCAAACUUAUUCGAAUAGUCCAAAUAAUGAUGAUAAAUUACAUCAACUUCAAAAUGAAUAUGAUGAUCUUAAAAUGGAAUUAACACGAGCUCGUCAACGUGAAAAAGUUACAGAUGAACAUAAUAAUCGUUUAUCAGCAACAGUUGAUAAAUUACUUGCGGAAUCUAAUGAACGUUUACAAACACAAUUACGUGAACGUAUGCAAACAUUAGAAGAGAAAAAUCAUCUCGUACAAGAAAGUGAAAAACUUAAAAAACAAUUAGAAGAAACACAAAAUGAACGAACAAAAUUAUUAGAUGAUAUUGAUAAACUUAAAAAUGAACUUGAAAAUAUUCGAAAAGAAUUACAACGUUUACAACAACAACAACAACAGCAACAACAACAACAACAAAAAAUUGAACCUCUCCCAACACAAAAUCCUCCAUCAAAUGAUUUUGUCACAAAUACAACUGAUUCAUCCAAUAGACGUUCACCAAUAAUGCGAGCUAUUAAAUCAACACCCACAAUAUCCGAUCAUAUUUUUAAAGGAUCUGAAGCUGAUUGGGAUACAAUUGAUCAAGCUCAAGUUAUAAAUGAUGUUCGUCUAGCUUUUGAAUCAUCUGAUGUUGAAUUAACAACUGAUGAUGAAGAUUCAUUAUAUCAACAUCAUCAUCCGGUGACAAUGAAUAAUGGAACAAUUUCUCAACAACAACCAACACAUAAUGAUGCUCAAACAUUAGCACUUGUUUUACAAGAACAACUUGAUGCUAUUAAUAAUGAAAUACGAAUGAUUCAAGCGGAAAAAGUUGAUGCUGAAUUACGUGCUGAAGAACUUGAAUCACGUGUUGUAGGAAAUUCCGUUUAUCAUUUAGCUGAUGAAGAUGAAGAAGAAGAAGAAGAAGAUGAAGAAUUAAAUCAUCAUCAUAGACAUCAUUCAACAGCAAUGCCUAAUGGAACAAUUAGUCAUUAUCAUUCACAUUUAUCACAACGUUAUUUAAGAAAUUCACCGCCAACGACAUUAAAUACACAUACAAAUUUUACAGGACGAUUACCACCACAUACAACAAGUGGAAAUCCAUAUAAAUUCAAUACAGCUCCACCUAGUAUGUCAACUUCACAUAUGUAUGCAUUUAAUGUAGUCGCUGAUCCAACGGUUGUUAAUGAAUAUGAUCAUGCAUUACAUCAUCAAUCUCCACGUACAUUUCGAGGUGAUUACGGAACACCAACACGUUAUUUAAAAUGUGAAUCAAGUCCGCCUGUAACUCCACCUCGAGUUACAACAAAUAUUCGAACAGCAACGCCUCAUCAUAAUUAUCAUUCAUCAUCAAGUAUUCAAAAUCAAUAUAGAAUGAAUACAAAUCCAUCGAGAACACCUACACAACAUAUCGAUGAGAAUACUAGGCAUUAUUAUCCAAAUCCGUCCAUGGUUCAGCCAACAUCUUUAUCCUCAACUGCUCAUCAGGAUUCUCCAAGUCCAAUAAGUUCUCAAAAUUCCACAUCAGGAGAUGAUAAUAGUAUUUAUGCUAGAAAUCAACAACAACAAAAAAAGAAAGGUAUUCGAAAUUCUCUUGGACGUUUAUUUACACGUAAACCUGGUUCAUUUGAUAAUAAACAAAUGCAUGAAAGUAUUCAUCAACCAAUAUCAUCUUAUCAACAACAUUACUCAUCACCUUAUGUCACUCGCGCUUCAUCUGUACCUGCAGAUAGUGCUGGACAUAAUGAAAUGAAUGAAUCUACUACCGGUACAUUACUCAGUUUGGGUAAAACAGAAUUUGAUCGUCGUAUAAAAAAGAAACAAGAACUACUUGAAGAUGCUAUACAAAAUAGUCGUCCAUUUCCAACAUGGGAUGGUGCAACUGUUGUUGCAUGGCUAGAAUUAUGGGUUAAAAUGCCAGCAUGGUAUGUUGCUGCAUGUCGUGCAAAUGUUAAAUCAGGUGCAAUUAUGUCGGAAUUAAAUGAAGAAGAAAUUCAACGUCAAAUUGGCAUUAGUAAUCCAUUACAUCGACUUAAACUUCGUUUAGCUAUACAAGAAAUAUUAAAUUUAACAUCACCAGAUGGACCAAGAACAUCCGUUACUUCAUUAACAUUUGGUGAAAUGGAUCAUGAAUGGAUUGGAAAUGAAUGGUUACCAAAUCUUGGUUUACCACAAUAUCGUUCAUAUUUUAUGGAAUGUCUCGUUGAUGCACGUAUGCUAGAACAUUUAAGUAAAAAAGAUUUAAGUAAACAAUUGAAAAUGGUUGAUAGUUUUCAUCGUACGAGUUUUCAUUAUGGUAUUAUGGUAUUAAAACGAGUUAAUUAUGAUAAGAAAGAACUAGAUAGAAGACGUGAAGACUCAUUGAAUGAAAAUCAAGAUGUACUUAUAUGGACAAAUGAACGAAUUAUUCAAUGGUUAGCAACAAUAAAUGGAUUAAAAGAAUAUGCAAAUAAUUUAACGGAAACUGGCAUUCAUGGUGGUUUGAUUGCACUUGAUGAAACAUUUGAUUAUAAUACACUAGCAUUAGCACUACAAAUACCAAGUCAACAAACACUGACACGUCAAAUACUUGAUCGCGAAUUUCGUUUGUUAAUUGCUAAUGGUACCGAUAGAAAAAUGGAUGAAAAUGAUCGGGCAAAACUAAAACGUAAUCCAUCGUUGUUUUCUCGAAAAACGAAACCAAAAACCGGAAAUGGUGAAAUGGCACAUCCCAAUGGCAUUGAUACAUCAACUAUAACUCCAAAUGAUGAAACUCAACAAUCAUAA